UCUUAAUUGCUAAAUCGAGUUUAAAUUAAUUAUAGUUUAAUUUUAAUUAAAUAUAAUUAGGACGUCUAGACAGAAGACAACCUGAGGAAGUAGUAGUCUCUUGUCCGGAUUCAACCCGCAAUAAUGAAGAUUGAGUCCUCAUUCCAUGCCAUAACUGAUCAACUUCAUCAAUAUAAAUAGGGCUGUUCCGCAACAUAGGUUUUACACUCAAAACUCAGUUUUGUUUGGGCUCGUGAAAAGGAGUGCCAUAACUGGUUAGUUAUUUCUCAGCAACAACUCAAAGCCAGCCGAAUCUCGGAGAAAAAAAGUUAACCUCUCUCUUUCAAUUAACCUUCAUCAACCGUACAAAAGACAUGGGGAAAGACUCGUACGAUGAGGCCAUUGCAGCACUGAGCAAGCUCCUCAGUGAACAAAGCAACCUCGAAGGCAUCGCCGCCGCAAAAAUCAAGCAGUUAACGGCGGAGUUAGAGACCGUCGGUUCGAAUGGUUUCAAUCCGGAUGAGAGGAUUCAAACCGGGUUCAAUCUCUUUAAGAAGGAGAAAUAUGAGAAAAAUCCCGAGUUGUUCGCUCAACUUGCCAAAGGGCAGAGCCCCAAGUUUAUGGUAUUUGCUUGCUCAGACUCCCGAGUGUGCCCCUCGCAUGUUCUUAAUUUUGAACCAGGGGAGGCAUUUAUGGUUCGAAACAUUGCAAGCAUGGUCCCACCUUAUGACCAGAAAAAAUACACAGGAGUGGGGGCGGCCAUUGAGUAUGCGGUGUUGCAUCUGAAGGUGGAGAAUAUUGUGGUCAUUGGACACAGUUGCUGCGGUGGUAUAAAAGGGCUUAUGUCUAUCCCAGAUGACGGGACCACUGCUAGUGAUUUCAUUGAGGAUUGGGUCAAAAUCUGUUCAUCUGCAAAGUCUAAGGUGAAAACAGAGUGCAGCGAUUUGAGUUUUGAGGAGCAGUGCAAAAACUGUGAAAAGGAGGCUGUGAAUGUAUCAUUAGGCAACCUGUUGACAUAUCCAUUUGUGAGAGACAGAGUGGUGAAGAAGACCCUGGCUUUGAAGGGUGCACAUUACGAUUUUGUCCAUGGAAGUUUCGAGCUUUGGGAUCUUGACAUCAAAAUUUCACCAACUACUGCCGCAUGAGCAUUCAACAUUGUAGUCUUUGCCCUAAAUUACUUCGUAGCUUGCUUACAGUGUUACUGUACAUUUCGUCUUGAAUAAUGUUGUGCAAAAGAUAAAGAUAGUAGGCUGGGUUGUAUUUGCCUUGAAUAAUUGCAUGCUUUUCCCCUUUCAAAUGUAACUUUAAAAAGGAAAAAUCUUAUUGCAAUCUUUCAAGUUUUGUUUA